AUGUCUGUGUAUUAUCUCAAUUCGUCGGGUGGUUUUGAGUUGAUUCCGCAGGAAGGACUGGAUGAAGAUCUGAAUCUCGAGCUUGGGACUUCCACUGGGGAUGAAACGACUUGGGCAUUGAUUGACCGAUGGAUCAGUCGGUGUAUUCAGACACAUACAGCCUGUAACAAUCAUGUAGGGAAGAACUUUCUUCCCAGCCGCCUUCUUGAACUGGAAACCGCGGGAAAUGAGAGACUGUUCCGCGUCGUCGAAAGGCACCAGGUCGAACCCGGGGAGCGCUACAUAACUUUAAGCCACUGCUGGGGUGGCAAUCCAUCCAACAAUGCGCUAAUCUUACGGGAUGACACUUUCCACUCUCUCUCGAAAUACCAACCACUCUCAACUCUGCCAAAAACUUUCCGAGAUGCCUUUUCCAUCAUCGAGAGGCUCAAUGUCAGGUACCUUUGGAUCGACCGUCUCUGCAUCUUCCAAGACUCUCGUCAAGACUGGCAGAGAGAAUCUGCAUUGAUGGGUGAAGUCUACCAGAACUCCUUGCUUUCAAUCUCUGCGCUAGGCUCUAGCAAUGAUGACGGCGGGUGCUUCUUCCCCCGCGACCCGGCUGCAGUUGCCCCCACCAUUGUCAACCUCUGCCUCGACAAUCCAAGCAAUCCCCAGCCGUAUCGCUUCUCCCUGGAGAAAGGAUGGGCUUGGAGACUACUAUUCGACCCGGAGCCUCUGCCAAGGAGAGGAUGGACCUUACAGGAACGCCUUCUAUCCCCGCGCGUUCUGCACUUUGGCAGGAAACAGGUCUUCUGGGAGUGUAGAGAGUGUGCAUGUUGCGAGAUACAUCCAAACAGCGUGUAUGUGUAUGGUGAUGAGGAUGAAGAGUCUGCCAGCGAGCCGCUGUCCACGGCCAAACACCAACACGUCUGGAAGCAACUUCUGGAUGCUCCCGAUCGACUUCAUUCUGACGAUCCCAUCGAACAGAUCUAUGUUGAUUGGUAUGCAAUCCUCGAUACCUACUCUGCUUGUCGGCUCACGGUUCCCACGGAUAAGCUUGUUGCAAUUUCCGGUCUAGCAAAGGGGGUGAAAAGACGUCUUGCAGAGAUAGGGUGCGAGGACACUUACCUCGCUGGAGUAUGGCGUCAUGAGUUACCAAGAGCUUUGAACUGGAACAUUCAGGGGUCCAGCCGGAGACCUCCUUCGUGUCGGGCCCCUUCUUGGUCCUGGGCAUCUGUGGAUGGUGUCGUCAAUAUGCACGCGCGAUACUGUCGGGAUUCCCAGGAUAGUACAACUCUCCUAUUUGUGACUGUCAUCGAUGCCGAAUGCUCUCAGUGUACUGAGGAUGAGACCGGUCAAGUCAGUGGGGGAACGGUCACAUUAAAGGGGCCUCUUGCGACUGCGACACUUGUUCCGAUUCAUCGACGAUAUGUUCGCUUGGAAAGUCUCAUGGCUAUGCAGACCCUGGCGAGCAUUAAAGUAGGAGACGAUGAGCCUGUGGUAAAGACGCCCAAAGAGAACAGUUAUGGUGAAUCAUGGGAGGUGAUAUUCGAUGUGAAGGAUGAAAUGUGCGACGAGAUCUAUUGCUUGCCAAUUGAAGGUCAGCAUUUCGAUGAGGACACCUGGGUUGUUAAUGGAUUGGCUCUGUCAAGAACUAGCCGAGACAGUUAUGUCCGUGUUGGUUGCGUUUUCCUGUAUGUUGAGAACGAGCAGGCUGCCAGGGAUCUGUUUGCUGGGUUUUCAGAGGUGACGUGCAUUCUUGAAUGA